CUAGCAAAACAAAUGACAACAUGGCAACCAUCCUUGGCAAAGCAGUUACUUUUCAGGAUUGUUUUGUUCUUGAUACUCCUUUUAGUAUUGCCCAGCCUUUAUAUAAAUUAGGCUUGGAAACUGGAGUUUCUGUCACUCUUCCACGUGGUAGUGAAACCAUAAUAUCAUGGGCUGCAUGUUAUCCAGAAUCAGCUGUUGUAGUGACAGAUGUUGGUAUCUUCCAUACCAGCAAUGGAUUUUUAACUACAGCAGAAAUAAAAUUUCCUGUAGGCCUGAUAGAUCCUAGCAUGAUUCACAGCAUCAAAGAAGUAGCUAUUGUUUUUCCAAAUGUCUUCAUUCUGAUUCAAAACAUACUUUAUGAGGCAAGUGUAGGCACCAUUACCAAUGUUGGAGACAACUAUUUUCACCGUGUAGACAUUAUUGGAAUACGGGCCAAAACUUGGUGUUCAGAUUACAGUGGAAAUGCCAUAAUAAAGCUGAAAAAUAAUGCUCUGUUUUUCUUCAAAUUUCAAACAACAGAUGUUGUAAAGCUUACUGCUUGGGAAAAUAAUCUUACACGUUUUAUUUUUUAUUUUAAUCCUUCUGGAGAUAUGUAUUUACUGACAAUCAAUAACACAAAUAUAAACCGCAAGGUAUACCCAUUGAAUUUAGAAGUGCUUAGUGCUGCAUCAAAAUUGAACGAAGUUUGCCCAUACAUAUCAUUUGAACACAAUUUGAAUCUUGAUAUUCAUUAUAUAGACAGGAGAGAAAAUGUGACAUUUUGGGGUCAGAUAGUAUUUUUGGAAAAUCUGGGUUUAUCAACGGAUGUUAAAAUUUACAGGCCAGAACUGUUGUUGACUGAAAUCCAUAUUAAUUAUGAAAUAGCUCGUGGAAUCUGCACUAAGAAUAAGACUGUCACAUUUUAUGAAGCAAGGGAUACCAGCCUGUAUGAUUAUCAAGAAGAACUGUAA